CCGACGUUUCGAGGGCGGUGCUUUUCCAUGACUCGGAUAACGAGUAUCCCAGGCGGGCUUUCUUUACAAUUUUUGAAACGCAAAAUUCUAUUUACAUAAUAGGAACGAUCGUAUUUUAAAAAGCACUGAAAUAGAUUCUCAAAUAUUACAUUCAGUAGAAAACGAGGGUCUGCGCCCCCUCAAUCAAUGAGGCCAUCAUGAAGCUGACGGACAAUGUGCUGCGGAGCUUCAGGGUUGCAAAGGUUUUCCGGGAAAAUUCUGACAAAAUCAACUGUUUUGAUUUCAGCUCAAACGGCGAAACCAUCAUUUCUAGCAGCGACGAUGACUCCCUAGUUUUAUACGACUGUCAGGAGGGAAAGUAAGACAUACAUUAAAUUUAUUUAAAUCGACUGUUUGUGCCGCACUGCAUGUUAUUACGGUAGGCCGACCCCUGUGCUGUAGUUAGCAUCUGUUCCGCUAGGUAUAGUGAGGCCUGCUGCGUAAUGCACAAUCCUCGGGCUCGAGUUCAGACACUAGCAGAGUUUGAGAGGAUGUCUGGCUUGGUAGAUCGGUAACAAAACUGUCACUUGUAUUUAAUCUAAUUUUCACUCAAGCGUGUUAGGUGUAUUAUUUUGUUCGUAGUCGACGUAAACCAAAACUAAAAAGCAUGUAUGUGUUAGUCUAGAUAUUUGUAGCAGUUGUAACCCCGUUUAUCAUGAUUAUGUAAGAUUUAGAGGGGGUAGGUUAAAUGCGGAAGACACAUUUCGGUUGAAUGCGUUCAAUUGUGCAACUGACUAGGUAUCCCCGUUCCCUUCCCUUUUUCAUCCCUUUAUGUUAUGGGUAUUUGAAUAUGUACAUUGGCUUGGCUAGAAGUUUCUGUGCCAGCAAUCUGUGGUUAUUUUCUUUCUCUCCAUCUUGUGCUGGUCCAGACCUAAGCGGACCCUCUACAGUAAGAAGUAUGGAGUGGAUCUGAUCAGGUACACACAUGCAGCCAACACUGUGGUCUACAGCUCCAACAAAAUUGAUGGUAUGUUAGUGCGAAGAGGAGAUUUGUAAUCAGGCUCUUUAAAUAAGCAGUUGUCCAUGUAAUUCUUGCCUUGCAUCUUUUAGGAGUUACUUAUUGUAUUCAUGCAGAAGAUUGUUCUCAUGGAUUUCCCGACAGCCUGACCGUGUUGACCUCAGCCUGAGGCGGUCGACCAUGCUCACUCUGGUCUGAGGUAGUUGUUUGUACAGUUUGAGGGUCUGUGAUUCUGCCCAAUACAGGAGCUAACUGUACAAGCCACUGCCUUGCCUAGGGUGGAGCCCACUCAUCCAACCCGACCUGCCCAGUGUCCAUCGCCUCCUGGAUCGGUAGCUCUACUUGCUCUUUAGUGGUGUGGUGAUGAAUUGAAAUGCCAUGCUGUCUUGUCUUCUGCCCAUAACCCCAUGCCUUUAUGAUCAUUGUAGACACUAUUCGGUACCUCUCCCUCCAUGACAACAAGUACAUCCGGUACUUUCCUGGACACAACAAAAGGUGAGGACUGAAGCAGAGAGACCCAAUGGGAUAGUUUAGGCUACAUUACUGUACUAUUACUUAACUAUUGUUUGUAUCAUUUAAUUUUUUAUAAAUAAAUAUCAGAUGUUUCUAUCAUCAUGGUAGAUGUUUCUAUACCUUUAAGUUGAAUGUUGUUUCAGAGUGACGUCUCUCUCCAUGUCCCCUGUGGACGACACGUUUAUCUCAGGAUCUUUGGACAAGACAAUCCGGCUAUGGGAUCUGCGGUCUCCGAACUGCCAGGUUGGUUCUCUUCUCUAAUUCUCCUUGACAUUGCAGAUCAAUUUACUCUAGAUAGACUCUAAUUGCGCUGGAUAAAAUGUGCCUUUCCUCUCAGUCUCUUUCUCUCCAUCACACUACCAGGGCCUGAUGCAUCUACAGGGGAAGCCAGUUUGCUCAUUUGAUCCUGAGGGUCUGAUCUUUGCUGCUGGCGUGAACUCGGAGAUGGUCAAACUGUACGACCUGCGGUCCUUUGACAAGGUAAGUCAUUUCAGGGCUAUGACUAUUUGGCGUUUUUAGGAAAGGAUGUAUGAUGUGGUACAGAUGGUGGUGUAUUCUCUGUUUUGUAGUUCUGUGUAUUUGUGUUGGUCAUUUGUAUUUAGAGCUUUGGAUGGGGGCCAGUGGUAGGUGGUUGUCUACAGAGAGUAACUUUUUUUGUUGCCUUCUCAAUAGGGUCCUUUUGCUACCUUCAAGCUACAGUACGACCGUACGUGUGAGUGGACAGGACUGAAGUUCAGCAACGAUGGGAAGCUCAUCCUUGUCUCAACCAAUGGGGGUGCUCUCCGCCUCCUCGACGCCUUCAAGGGCGCUGUGAUGCAUUCCUUUGGGGUGCGAGAUCAUACGCAUUUAUAGACACUUAAAACCAUGACAGACACUGUUGGAUACUCUUGAUAUAGAUUUCAGACCAACCGCAAGUUGUACGAGAAGUAAAUGUUUAUUAGUAAAUGGAUAUUGUCAUGCAGUACAAGAGAGAUGAUAGACCUAUAUUUAUAGACGCUCUCCUCUGUCCUGCAGGGCUACAACAACAGCAAAGCUGUGACGCUGGAGGCCUCCUUCACUCCUGAUUCUCAGUUCAUUAUGAUCGGUAAGUCCACACAGACUGGGUAGGUGAGGUAACAGGCUCUACGUUUUGUAAAGGAAGACUGUACAGUUCCAAUUGUCUUCCCUUUCUACCACAUAAUUGUUUGGUAGUAAUUACUUGAAUAUGCAAAUUAAACCUAACCUAGAAACAUUUCCCAAAAAACAGUCUAGUUCAGCUCCCUCUCGUUUUUCCAUGGUCUGACGGGUGGUUGUCUCUCAGGCUCUGAGGAUGGGAAGGUCCAUGUGUGGAAUGCAGAGAGUGGGAUGAAGGUGGCAGGUUCUGGAUGGGAAGCACACGGGCCCUGUCACCUGCCUUCAGUUCAACCCCAAAUUCAUGACUUUUGCAAGUGCUUGUUCAAACAUGGUAAGAUUACUUGGGUUGAACACACACAUGCACACCAAUCUCACAUACAGUACACGAAUGCUCAGUAAGUCUGUUUUGUCCUCUACAGGCAUUCUGGCUGCCCACCAUUGACGAUUGAUUGAGAGAGAAAAGCUCUGAGUGGGUAACUGAUGGAUGGCACAGGCGAAGUGAGAUCCCAUUUAAAACCAGCAGGUGUCGGCACACCCAGUUCUAGGAGGAUUUUCUAUGAUGUGUGUGACAAAUCAUGUUGAUUGUAAAUAUGUAGGACUUCAGGUAUAUAAAUGGUCUGAUUUUCUGUUCUUUUUAUACUUGUAACAUUAAAUAUGUUUUCUUUUUCUAACAA